UCUGUGUAACCUGUCAAUUGUGUCAGCCAUAGAUUCUUCUGGCACUCGAUCACAGAUUCUAGUCAACAAAAGUAAAUACAUCUGAAAUUAAUCGUAUUAAUCAAAAUGAAUAAUUUAUUAGUAAAGAAUAUUGCACGAAAACUGUCAGACAUUGGUAAACGCUCACUGGCAACGACUCAAAAGAAAGCCGGCUCAUUUAAGGUUCAGGAUGACAAGGAUUUUGUGGAUAAAGUGGAGAAUAGCAAGGAAACUGUGAUUGUUGAUUUUUUCGCUACUUGGUGUGGACCAUGCAAAGCUCUGGCUCCUAGACUAGAAAACGUUAUAGCCCAAAGGAAAGGAAAUAUUUCCGUGGCAAAAGUUGAUAUUGAUGAUUUAGGCGAGUUGGCAGCUAAAUAUGAGGUUAGCACUAUUCCUGCGCUUGUUGUGUUUCAAAAUGGGAAGGUCAAGGAGAGGCUAGUUGGACUACAGGACGAAGAUAAGUUGACUUUGUGGAUCGACAACGUGUUGAAGAAAUAAACGAAAACAACUGGACAAUUCGAAUACUGAUUGCAUUAUAAAUUAUUAUGAACUAAACGAUGUAAAUAGAGUCAGUCAUUAGUGUUA